UCCAUGCGGGCGACCCGACUGGCCAGUUCCGGUGCUGGUAAGACCUUCAUCCCUUCCAGCAUUUCGAGAAUUGUGCCGGAUACGAGGAGAGAUGGGGAACAGCAGAAGCCAGUCGGGGCAGAAGUUUUGCUCACAGUUUCUUCCUGAGGAGCAGGCGGAGAUCGAUAGACUCUUUGAUGCUCUGUCAUCGGAAACGCACAGCCCCAGGACCUCGCCCCGAUCCUUCUCUCUGAAGGCGCUAAAGAGCCACGUUGGGGAAGCUCUUCCCCCAGAGAUGGUCACCAGACUCUAUGACGGCAUGCGGAGGGUUGACCUGACGGGGAAGGCCUCGAAGCCCAGCGACAGCGUCUCCCAGGAACAGUUCACUGUGUCCAUGUACCACUUGUUGAAGGGAAACUCCGAGGAGAAGAGUCUUGUGAUCCUGAAAAUGAUUUCUGCCACAGAAUGUCCUGUGAAAGCGAGAGAAGUCCAGAAGUUUACAGAGGAUCUGGUUGGCUCUGUGGUUCACGUGCUCAACUACAGACAGGAGCUGAGAGGCUGGACCCAGAAGAGAGGCCCGGGGCCCCCCUCCAGGGUGCAGGUGCUGGCCGCCCAGCUCUUCUCCGAGAUGGACCUUCGAGGUGGCGAGAAGCUUCCGGGGCCUCAGCAGCUGGACUGUGAGUGUGACCGAGCCACCAUCGAGGACUGGGUGUUCAGGGCCCCCCACGUGGCCACGUUUCUGAGCGUGGUCAUCCACAGAGGCUUCCUCCUCCUGCGCUCCUCCCUCGACCUGGCCACCCUGGUCCCCGAGCGUCACGUUGACCCGGAGAGGGUGUUCGAGAGCAUCCUGGACGUCCUGUCGGUCAUCUACGUCAACUCCCACCUGCGCAGGGAGCAGCAGGGCCGUUGGCGCCUGCUCUUCUCGUCCGAGCUCCACGGGCACAGCUUCUCGCAGCUCUGCGGCCGCAUCACCCACCAGGGCCCCUGUGUGCUGCUGGUGGAGGAUCGCGACGGCCAGGUGUUCGGCGGGUUUGCCUCCUGCUCCUGGGAGGUCAGGCCUCAGUUUCAAGGGGAUGACACAUGCUUCCUGUUCUCCAUCUCCCCCCGCAUGGCCGUGUACGCCUCCACGGGUUACAACGACCACUACAUGUACCUGAAUCACGGGCAGCAGACCAUCCCGAACGGACUGGGCAUGGGAGGACAGCACAAUUACUUCGGGCUGUGGAUCGAUGUGGAUUUCGGGAAAGGACACAGCAAGGCCAAGCCCAAGUGCACCACAUACAACAGCCCUCAGCUGUCGGCCCAGGAGAACUUUGGCUUUGAGAAGAUGGAGGUGUGGGCGGUGGGGGACGCCUCAGGGUCGCAGCAGGCCAAGAGCAGCAAAAGUAUCCUGGAUGUGGACCCCGAGGCCCAGGCCCUGCUGGAAAUCAGUGGGCGGAGUCGCCUCAGCGAAGGGCUCCGGGACGUCCCGGAGGAUGAAUGAGGAGGUGCCCCCGAGGUCGGGCCUUCCUAGAGCUGGAUGCUGGCCCCCUGGACAGAGCGCAGCCUGCGGAGCCCUCCCCAUCUCACGUGUUCAACACAGGGCUGCACUGCGCAUGUCCAGGUGGUCCAGGACAUGCUGAAUCAGAACACAGUAAAAUUCCUUUGAUGUUAUGUAUGGAUUGGUGGGUGCAUCUCGCAGAAAUCCCGAGUGUCCG